AUGACUUCCGGCGAUGAUGGUCGUAUCAUUGUAUGGGAUUCUGAGACUAGAAAACAUUGUGCUCAGUUAAAGAUUCGAUUACCUCUCCACUCAAUUCCACCACCAUCUUCUUCUUCUGAUAAUAAUCAUUCUUCCAUUGAAUUGAGAGGUAUUGCCAUUUCACCUCAAUAUCAUGUCGCUGUCACGAAACCAUUAUUCUAUCGAAAAGAUAGUAUUGAAGAAAUUGCAACUCUUCAAUAUUCCAAUGAUGGAUCCUUGUUGGUGUGUGGAUCUCAUGACAAUUAUAUUUACAUGUAUCAAUGUGAGAAUUCAAAAAAGGAUGAUUGUGAUUUACAACAUGAUCAAAAUGCUCAUGAUAGUGAACAACGUAAUGAUUGUACUGAUCAACAUCAUGACAAUUAUUACCAUAUUCUCAAAAACAUGAAUCAUAUCAUGAAUUAUUAUAAUCAAUCAAUAGAUGACAAUCACACAAGGUUGAACUAUAAAUGGAUUGGUAAAUUAAGUGGUCAUUCAUCCUUCAUUACUCAUCUAGACAUUUCCAAAGAUGGUUAUACAGUGAGAGGUAUUUGGAAACCAGAAAUGGAUGGCAGUGACAUUAAUGCCAUUGAUGUGAGUUUUGAACAUUCAUUAGUGGCAUGUGGUGAAGAUUCUACACAAGUAUCCUUGUAUCAUUAUCCAUGUUCGAACAUGUCGAGAUUUGGUUAUUCAGAAAUUGGUCAUUGUAGUCAUGUGACCAAUGUGAAAUUCACAGGUGAUGGAAAGAAAUUAUUGAGUUGUGGAGGUGGAGAUUUGACCAUUCUACAAUGGUCAUUGAAAGAUCAACAAGAUUGGAAUGAUGUGAAUUCGAGUAGUAGUAGUAGUAGUAACAUUGGUAAAAGUAGUCCUAAUAGUAGUAGUGGUAGUAGUAGUGUGACUCGCCCCAUAAUCAGCAGGGAUCAAGGAAGUAGUGUUGCACAUUCCCCACGACCACUCAGUUCACACGAAUCUAAAAGUCCAAGAAUGGAGAGUAGAAACUACAACCAUAACAUUACUCUUUCUGCAACGAGUAGUACUACUGGUCAUAUGAGUGGUGGUGCUGGUGCUGGUGCUGGUGGUAUUACUGCUACUACUACUGCUACUACUACUGCUACUACUACUGAUACUAUUGGCCUUAAUACCACUCAGCUUCCUCCUUCCAAACUUGGCUCAAUGACCUCUCCUAAAUCAUUGACAACAACUCUUGAACAUGCUUCUUCUUCCUGUAAUUCAUCAUCCUCUUCCGGUGCUCCUCAUAUUUUAAAGAUAUUACUACAAUUUCAAUCCGAUACGAACACUCAAGGUUGCAAAACGAUUCUCCCAUUAGAUAUCAAUCAACCAUCUCAAUGUACUUUUAAAUAUUUACAAGAUAUUGCUAGAGAAGAUUUUUAUAUAGACGAUGAGGGUAAUGAGACAUUAUUUCAUCUGUUGUAUCAUGAUCAUGAAAUGAAUAGUGAUAUUUCAAUUAGGAACGAUCGACACAUGCAAACAUGUAUCGAUUAUUUUAAAAAGAUUGAUUCCAAUCAACAAGAUCGAAUCAUCAUAGUAUUGUCAAAAAGCAUAUAA